UCUAGCUGGGGCGGCCGUGGCAGCGGAAGGUUCUCUCUCCAGGGCUGGACUUAAUAACUUUGGAACUGUCCUCCAGUGUCACGUCCUGAACAUGAGCCUCCUCCUCUCCUUCUACCUGCUCGGGUUGCUUGUCAGUAGCGGGCAAGCUCUUCUUCAAGUGACAAUUUCACUUAGCAAAGUAGAGCUUAGUGUGGGUGAAUCUAAAUUCUUCACAUGUACAGCAAUUGGUGAACCUGAGAGUAUAGAUUGGUAUAAUCCUCAAGGAGAGAAGAUCAUUUCAACACAGAGGGUAGCAGUGCAAAAGGAAGGUGUCAGAUCACGACUGACCAUCUACAACGCAAAUAUAGAGGAUGCAGGGAUUUAUCGUUGUCAAGCAACAGAUGCCAAAGGACAGACACAAGAAGCUACAGUUGUUUUGGAAAUUUACCAAAAACUCACUUUCAAAGAAGUGGUAUCUCCUCAAGAAUUCAAACAAGGAGAGGAUGCCGAAGUGGUUUGCCGCGUUAGCAGCUCACCGGCCCCUGCUGUCAGCUGGUUGUAUCAUAAUGAGGAAGUCACCGCUAUUUCCGACAAUCGCUUUGCUAUGCUAGCUAACAAUAAUCUGCAGAUUCUCAACAUCAAUAAAAGUGAUGAAGGUAUAUACCGAUGUGAAGGAAGAGUGGAGGCUAGGGGAGAAAUUGACUUCCGUGAUAUCAUCGUUAUUGUUAAUGUGCCGCCAGCAAUCACAAUGCCUCAGAAAUCCUUUAAUGCCACAGCAGAGAGAGGAGAGGAGAUGACAUUAUCUUGCAGGGCCUCUGGCUCCCCUGAGCCCUCCAUCUCCUGGUACAGGAAUGGCAAGUUCAUUGAAGAAAAUGAAAAGUACAUAUUGAAGGGAAGCAAUACAGAACUCACUGUCAGGAACAUAAUUAAUAGUGAUGGGGGUCCUUAUAUCUGCAGGGCCACAAAUAAAGCAGGAGAAGAUGAAAAGCAGGCAUUUCUCCAGGUCUUUGUACAGCCUCACAUAAUACAGCUUAAAAAUGAGACUACGUAUGAGAAUGGUCAAGUCACACUUAUAUGUGAAGCAGAAGGGGAGCCUAUACCAGAAAUCACUUGGAAAAGAGCAGUAGAUGGCAUCACAUUUUCUGAAGGAGAUAAGAGCCCAGACGGCCGUAUCGAAGUCAAAGGGCAGCAUGGAAGCUCCUCGCUGCAUAUUCAAGAUGUGAAGUUGUCAGAUUCAGGGAGAUAUGACUGUGAAGCUGCGAGUAGGAUUGGAGGGCACCAAAAGAGCAUGUACCUUGAUAUUGAAUAUGCUCCCAAGUUUAUAUCAAACCAAACAAUUUAUUACUCUUGGGAAGGAAACCCAAUCAAUAUAAGCUGUGAUGUGAAAUCUAAUCCACCAGCAUCAGUCCAUUGGAGAAAAGAGAAAUUAGUCCUGCCAGCUAAAAACAUCACUAAUUUAAAGACAUAUAGUGCAGGGAGAAAGAUGAUAUUAGAGAUAGCACCUACAUCUGACAAUGACUUUGGACGAUAUAAUUGCACAGCCACUAACCGUAUAGGAACAAGAUUUCAAGAAUAUAUUCUUGCUUUGGCUGAUGUGCCAUCCAGUCCCUAUGGAGUGAAGAUUAUAGAGCUGUCACAGACCACAGCCAAGGUUUCUUUCAACAAGCCGGACUCCCAUGGAGGUGUGCCUAUUCAUCACUAUCAAGUGGAUGUCAAAGAAGUGGCAUCAGAAACCUGGAAAAUAGUACGCUCCCAUGGAGUUCAAACAAUGGUUGUUUUGAGCAACCUGGAACCAAAUACAACUUAUGAAAUCAGGGUUGCAGCAGUAAAUGGAAAAGGGCAAGGAGACUACAGCAAAAUAGAAAUUUUCCAGACAUUACCAGUCCGUGAACCAAGUCCUCCAGCCAUACAUGGGCAGCCAAGCAGUGGAAAGAGCUUUAAACUAAGUAUCACCAAACAGGAUGAUGGAGGGGCCCCUAUUUUGGAAUACAUUGUCAAGUAUAGAAGUAAAGAUAAAGAAGAUCAGUGGCUAGAGAAAAAAGUGCAGGGAAAUAAAGACCACAUUAUUUUGGAGCAUCUACAGUGGACAAUGGGGUAUGAAGUUCAAAUUACAGCUGCCAAUAGAUUGGGAUAUUCAGAACCAACAGUCUACGAGUUCAGCAUGCCACCAAAGCCAAACAUUAUUAAAGAUACGCUUUUUAAUGGUCUUGGGCUUGGAGCAGUCAUUGGCCUGGGCGUGGCGGCGCUCUUGCUAAUCCUUGUGGUAACGGACGUCAGCUGCUUCUUUAUUAGACAAUGUGGGUUAUUGAUGUGCAUCACGAGGAGAAUGUGCGGGAAGAAAAGUGGCUCUAGUGGGAAAAGUAAAGAACUCGAAGAAGGCAAAGCUGCAUACCUGAAAGAUGGAUCAAAAGAACCAAUAGUGGAGAUGAGGACAGAGGAUGAAAGAAUCACUAAUCAUGAGGAUGGGAGCCCAGUAAAUGAGCCAAAUGAAACCACACCACUAACAGAACCUGAAAAAUUGCCUUUAAAAGAAGAAAAUGGUAAAGAAGUCUUAAAUCCAGAAACUAUAGAAAUUAAGGUUUCUAAUGACAUCAUACAAUCAAAAGAAGACGACAGCAAAGCAUAACACCAAGAUCACAAAGGCUUGAACAAUGCUACACAGAGCAUUUGGAUUGCAGUGACCCUAUGACCAAAACUAUUCCAUUGACCUUAAUUUCUUGGGAAACUUCUAGCUUGGAAUAGCUUGUACACAUAUACAUAUGAUCAAAUAUUCCUGCCCAUGGUCCAUUACCUUUUGUUGUUGUUGUUAUUGUUGUUGUUUAUUUUGUUAUGAAUUUCAAUAUAGAGACCUGACUGGCACCAACUCUUGGGUAUCAAUUUGAUUCUGUGAUUGAAAUACUGCAAUUUGUUAUACAGUUAAAAGUGCUCUGUUUCUUUAGGACUAUAUAUUUCAUCCAACAACCUCUCCAACAAAUUAGGGUUUAAGAAUCAACAAAAGAAAACAAAAGCUUUGUGAGCUAAAUGUAUAAGAAAGCCCUGCAUGUUUUUCAUACUAUCUUGGACAAACAGAUUAUUAACAUGGAUUUCAGUUUAAGAUGAAAACAGUUAAUAAAGGGUAUACUUUUUAUCAGGAGAAUUUCAGGGAACUUGGGCUUGAAGGAGCCAUUAUCUAUAGCAGAUAUUAAAAAUUGAGAGAAAUUUUGGAAAAAUUCUUUUAAAGUUAUAGUUACAGUGCUACUUCAAUGUUAAUUUUUGAUAGACUGAAGUGCCAGAUCAAAAUUGUUACCCAUUUGAAUGAAUACUAGUUGUGUGUAAAAUUAGAUUAGAAAGAUUCCGUAAAUCUCUCUCUUUAUAUAUGCCAUAAUCACUCACAAUGGAUUACACAAGAAAAUGUAUUGCAAGUGAAAAUAAUAUUGAUUUCUGCCCUCAGCUUCAAAUAAAGUAAAUUGAAAUGGUAACAAUA